AGCUGUCUUGGCCUGAGGAAUCCCCCUCAGGCUGCCUGAUGAGUGUCCCAUUAAUUACCCCCCAUUAUUCAGUUUUGAUUCAACCAAAACCCUUAAUCUCUGUUCAUUCACUGAGGAGGGACAUGGAAAGGCCCCUGUUGCUGAUAUUAAAUCUUAAUUUAUUAUUAUAAUUCAUUAAGUGUCAGUACCAAGGUGUAGCACCUGCUGUCACAUGAUUUUAUUGUGUGCCCUCCUCCCACUGACAGCUCUGUUCAGGCAAGUUUUUAGUUCUCUGUGGGUUUAUUUAUCCUGAAUGUUUCCUUCCAGCCAUCACUUGGUUCCCAUAACAAAGCACCAGCAGCUCUGCCAUUUCUCUGCCCUUUCCCAGGUUCCUGCCCUGAACUGGGGGUCCGUGGGGGAUCCUGGGGGGCUCAGUGGGUGAGGGCAUGGCCAGGGCUGGGGUUCCUGGCCAGUUCUGGUUGUUUGAGGGGCCAUGGGAGCCCUGGCUGCACCCCCUUGAUGGGGGGUCAAUGCCUUCCUCUGCUGCUGGGCUGAGAUGGUCCCAGUCAGUUAAAAACCCCAGACUGGUUUGAUAGGGAGGGACUCAAAUCCCACCCAGUGCCAGCCCUGCCAUGGCAGGGACACCUCCCACUGUCCCAGGCUGCUCCCAGCCCUGCCCAGCCUGGCCCUGGGCACUGCCAGGGAUCCAGGGGCAGCCACAGCUGCUCUGGGCACCCCAAGCCAGGGCCUGCCCACCCUGCCAGGGAACAAUUCCUGCCCAAUCUCCCAUCCAGCCCUGCCCUCUGCCACUGGCAGCCAUUCCCUGGCUCCUGUCCCUGCAGGCCUUGUCCCCAGUCCCUCUGCAGCUCUCCUGGAGCCCCUUCAGGCCCUGCCAGGGGCUCUGAGCUCUGCCUGGAGCCUUCUCUUGUCCAGGGGAGCAGCCCCAGCUCUGCCAGCCUGGCUCCAGCCCUGGAGCAGCUCCCUGGCCUUUGUCAGCCCCUGUAGAAGUGACCUCAGACUCCUCCAGGCCUCUCUGUGUCCAUGUCCUGCUCCAGUUUGGGUGCUCCAUCCUUUUCUGAUGAUCCUGAGCUGCAGACUGCAAAUACUUGGAAACUCAGGGAAGGGUCUGGAACUUUUUUGUCGGGACAUUUCCCCUUGCCCAAAUCAGGAGAUCUCUUGGGACAGGUUUCCAGGAUGGUUUAGGCAGGUGGCUUUGGCAAUUCCAGCUGUCCCAGUGGGUCUGGGCAUCUCAUGGAGUGAAAAGUCUUUACAAUGGUGUAUGUGAGACUUUCUGAAGGAGGUGCUGAGUGCUCAAAGUGCUCAGGCUGCUGCUGCCCCUCGUGUUUCUCAUUCCCAGGAUGAGGCCCUUUUCCAGGGCAGCCUGUUGAGCUGCAGGGUGAAGGUUUUCCAGCCAGAAGAAGGAAUGCUUUCCAUACAUUUACUUAUUUCAGCCCAUUAUCUGCCCCUGUCCCCCUCCUCCUGCUCUGGCUCGCUCUCCCCUCCCGGUGUUUCAGUGCUGAUGGGGUCGUACGUGCCAGUCCCCAUGAGGAUCCCAUUCCAGACAUCAUCCUCCUUUAGAAAACAUCCAAAGUCAAGGCCGUGCAUCCCUACGAGCGAGUGCAACAGCUUCGAUCUUUGCACGUUUCCAAAACGAGCUGCAGCCCCAAAAAUAGAACAAAAAAAAGUUUCUUUGCCACCUCCCUCGCUCCUCUGCAGCGCGACAGCCCCGGGGCGGCUCAGGGGAGGUUGUUGUGCCUCGGCCACUCAAGGCCACCCGUGGUUAAAAGGGAGAGCUGUCCUCCCUCUUUCUGCCGAGGGCUUGGGAUCCUCAGCUGCUCCAGGGAAGAGCUGAGGUGGGACCAUGAGCGCUCUCGGGGGGCUCCUGCUGUGCCUGGUGCUGCUGCUGCCCUCGGCAGCUCUGCCCAGGAAACAGGGAAGGGAUUCCCUGCUGGGGCUGAGCCUGCUGGAGGAGCCGGGGCUGGGAGCAGAAGGGAGGAAGGUGGGAAAUGGAAGUUCACAGGAGACAGCCAGGUCCAGGAGGGCUGCUGCCCCUCGCCUCUUCUCCAAGGCUGAGCCGGGAGCCGAAUGCCCGCAGGGAGCGGCUGAGGAGGGGGGCCCGGGCUGGUCCCGCUCCAGCCCGCAGCCCUGGCCCCUGGGGGGCCUGGAAGGGCCCGUGUGCAGGGUGAGGAUGGAGCAGGACGGGGCCAGCCCCAGGCAGCUGGAGGUGGUGGGUGUGCUCAGCCACUACGAGAGCAGCUUCAUCAAACUGCUGAGACGGCGCCGGAGCUGGGACGGGAGCUUGGCGGGGACCUUCGGGCUGUGCCGGCCCGGGGAGGCGGGGGCAGUGCCCCAUCCCCUGCAGAGGAUCCACGAGCACGUCCUGGAGCCCGGGCUGGAGAGAUUCCUCGUGCUGCACCUGGAGGAAGUGCAGUGGGAGGCGCAGGUGAAGCUGCGGUUCCAGCUGGUUUUCCAGGAGGAGGUGGGACGGGCUGUGGGAGAGCUGCAGGCGGCCGUGAUGCUCUUCUACCUGGGCCGCCGGGAGGGCCGGGGCUCCGGGCACCCGCGGGAGCUGCUGGCCGCCGGCGCGGGGCUGCCGCGGGACCAGAGGCUCUGCCUCUCCAGGGACACGCAGUACCUGGCCCUGGCAGCCGCCGCAGCCUCGGUCACCCGCAGCGCGGAGCGGCUCCGCUUCUCGGCUUCCCUGGCCAUCCACGGCGGCGCGGGAGCAGGUGCCCCCCUGCCCCGCACGGAGGUGCAGCAGCUCCUGUUCGGCUCCGAUGACAAAUGUUUCACCCGGAUGACCCCGGUGCUGCUGCUGCUGGCCAAGUCACGGCAGCAGGAGGAGGAAGAGGAGGAAGAGGAAGCUUUGGCCCCAUCCUCCUACCUCUCUGCUGAGGGCGUGGUGGACACAGCUCCGUACCCACAGCUCAGCCCGCCCCAGGCCGGCACCGAGGAGCUGCCGACCCCCACUGCCCCGGGCCAAGCCAACACCUCGUCCCCAGUGCCCGGUGGCAGCGCCCAGUUCCUGGCAACCCUGAGCCGCUUCAUCCGGCAGCUCCUGAGCUCCUCCAGCGAGCCGCCCCCCCAGCCCACUGCCCACCACCGGCUGGACUUCGAGAUGAUGGAGACCCUCCCUCACCAGCUACUCAACCUGUCCGAGGAGGCGGCGCUGGAGCGGCUGGUGCAGUCGGAGGAGCCCUCGGUGCUGCUGCUGGCCCAGGACAGCGGGGCCGUGCUGGAGCAGCACCUGGGGGACUGGCAGCCGGAGGGCACCGUGCUGCAGCUGCUGAUGGGCAAACUGCAGCUGGUCAUCCAGGAGCUCAGGGACAUCCCGGCUUUCCAAGCCAACGCGGCGCUUUUCCAGCACCUCCUGACCUUCUGCUACUACCCGGCGGAGCCGGGGCAGGCCGAGGCGGCCGAGCGGGGCCCGGGCUCUCGGAAGCUGCGCACGCUGCUGCUGCUGAAGGCGCUGCAGUCGGUGCGGGCGCGCUGGCAGGAGCGCAGGAAGGUGCAGCGGCAGAACCGCAGCGCCCGGCACCAGGCGCACUGCCGGCUGCAGGAGCUCACCAUCGACCUGCGCGACCGCCACUUCGUCAUCAUGCCCACCAUGUACGCGGCCAACAACUGCGAGGGGCCCUGCCGGCUGCCGCUGUCCGCACGCAUCCCCAGCUACUUCUCGCACACGGUGCUGCUGCUGGGCAUGCAGGACCAGGGCUCGCCGCUGCGCAGGGCUCCCUGCUGCGUGCCCGUGCGCUACUCGGACCAGCUCAUCAUCAGCCUCUCCUCGGACGGGCUGGAGAUCCGCAAGUUCCCCAACAUGGUGGCAGAGGAGUGCGGCUGCCGGUGAGGCUCCCGCCGGCCUCGCCGCCCGCCCCACCCCGGCCCCUCUCCCGGUUUGCCCUCCCGGCUCGGGAUCUGGUGCUUCUCCCGAGACGGGAGCUCCCGUGUGUCCUUUCCCCGUGGUUUGGCUCGUUAGCAUCGCUCUGGUUCUGGGUUCAUCCACGCCUGUCCCUGAGGCUGCUCCGUGCUCCUCUGGGGGUGUUCCCCUCCCGCUGCUGAGGGUGCCCGAGGUGCCCGCGGGCUCUGCCCCCGCCGGGUACGGGCACGGCAGGGCCGUGGGAGAGGACAGGGCUUGGCAGAUCCAGGCAGGACCUUGCUCUUGUUUAUCCCUCACUCUCUGCUCCUGUAGUGGCUGGGAAGGGCGGCUGCUGCCUCCUCCAAGCCUUGCAGCAUCCUCUGGCCAUUCCCCAGCCCACGGCCCAUCGCAGGACACCCACCUGUGACAGCAGAGCAAGAGGCCAGAUCCCCUCGCAGGGACCUGCCUUGCCCUGGGCCACGGCUCUGCGUGAGCCGCGAGGAGCCGCUGGCCGUGCCUUGGUCACAUCUGCGUCACCCCGCGGUGACCCCGCUGCCGGGCCAGGCCAGGAGGGAGGGAGCGAUCCCGUUACACCCCCGGGCUGCUCACACCAUUAAUGGGAGCGGGAGCAAACGGCUGCCAGAGCACCUGCUCCGUGUCCCCGCCGGCGUCAGCACGGGCUGCCUGCCCCAGAUCAUCUUCCAGCUGAGCCUGGCCCUCAGCCGGGGGGCCAAACCCUCGGGAGCAGCUCCUGGGCUUGUCCUGGCUACACCUCCUCGGGGUUUGCAGUGUGGAGGCACGGCUGGAGGUUGGUACCCACCAGUCCCACCUCAGGAUUAACCCUGAAAACACACACACACAUAACCAGGGACAAAACACAUAACCAGGGAUAAGGGCUUUUCUCGUUUUCCUUUUUUUCCCCCCUGUUUUUUAAAAACAUCCAGUUGAAUACCUUAUUAAAAAUGAAAAUAGUUUAUUUUAACCACUGUUGAUUUAGCAAAUACUGAAACCUGCCACGGGUCAGGGCUGUGAACAUCUCUGGCUGUGUGAUAUUGCUCUUGUGUUUCCUUCCUAAAAGCGACUCGGAGAAGGCGAGGCCUGCAGGGAUCCCUGGCUGAAGGGCUCCAGCCCUGCUCUGUCACCAGCACCUUCUGGGCCACCCCACAGCGAUGGCGCUGGGCUGGGUGAGGUGGGGGGCUGUCCCUGAUGUCCCUCUGAGGACGGCUGUAGCCUGGUUCUGUAACCCAGAACAUUCUUCUCUCUUGAUUUGCUUUCAAUAAAACCAUUAACCCAAGA